UGCAGCUAUUUGUCGCUGUUUUGGCCAAACACGAAACUAUCCCUGUCGCAAUUAUCAAGUAUAUUCAGACAUUAAUAAUUAUUUUAAACGACUAUGCCCGUUGUUCCUUUAACGAUUUAACUGCUUCCCCAUCCUGCCUUCAAGGUAAUGCUAUGAAAAAAGGUUUCGUUUUACUUUGAAAGUGAAAGUGACUUUCCCAGUAAACGCGAGAUAUGCGUGUCGUGAUGUGCAGGUAUGCAGGUUUUACUGUGUAAACAACAAUGCAAGAAAUGGCUGCAGGUUUCUUUUUCCAUACUAAAGACAGCACUUGUGCGAUUCUCAGAGGAUAAUACAGACUGGCAUUAUCUGAUCUUCCACUCAUGAUCAUGGCAUCGGACACUGAGCCACUUGCACCGCGAGUGGAGAACCCCCCGCCGCCCGAGGUCACCAAUGUCAACAAGUUAGGGCGAAGAACCAACCAGCUUCAGUUCUUGCGGAGUGUAGUGGUGAAGGCUGUGUGGAAGCACCAUUUUGCCUGGCCUUUUUACCAUCCUGUCGAUGCUGUGGCUCUGAAAUUGCCAGAUUAUCAUACCAUCAUAACCAACGCUAUGGAUUUGGGAACCAUCAAACAAAGACUCGAGAACAAUUACUAUUGGAGUGCCACUGAAUGUUUGCAGGACUUCAACACCAUGUUCACCAAUUGCUACGUUUAUAACAAGCCCACAGAUGAUAUAGUGCUGAUGGCUCUCAGCUUGGAAAAGAUUUAUUUGCAAAAAGUUGCACAGAUGCCUCAGAAAGAAGUCGAGCUGGUGUCUCAUCCAGCCAAAGGGAAAAGUAAAAAAAAAAGUUCAGGUGGACUGGAGGCCCUGCAGACAAAUUCUUCACAGGCCAACACCAAGAAAAGCCUGAAGAAGCGGAGCCAUUCGACCGAAUUGAACGACUCACCAGAGAGCAAGAGAAGACGGCAAAUCACCGAGCUUUCCAGCCUCUUUUUUACCAGUGAAAAAGAGUUAACGCUUCAAGACGGGCUGAGCAAACAACUGCGAUGCUGCAAGGAGAUUCUGAAGGAAAUGCUCUCCAAGAAGCACGCGGCCUACGCUUGGCCUUUCUACAAGCCUGUGGACGUUGAAGCAUUGCAGCUGCACGACUAUCGUGACAUCAUCAAGUGCCCAAUGGAUCUUAGUACUGUCAAGGCAAAACUGAACAGACGAGAGUACCCAGAUGCGAAAAGAUUUGCUGCGGACGUCAGGUUAAUUUUCUCCAACUGUUACACGUACAACCCGCCGUACCAUGACGUUGUCGCCCUGGCCAAGAAGCUUCAGAGCGUGUUUGAGAGGAAAUUUGCUGCCAUUCUAGACGAGCCCAUCAGGAGCACUUCGCAGGUGGCCCACAGUCCGGUUCUGGGUGGGCUGACCACAGUCUCGUCCACUUUGGAUAAAUCGGAUGAACAAGGCUCACAAUUUGUUGAGUUCCAACAACAGAAUGGAGGUGGCGACUACGACGAAGAGUCCCCGCAACUGACGUACAACGAGAAGCACCAGCUGAGUCUGGACAUAAACAGACUAUCGGGCAUAAAGCUGGGCCAGGUGGUACGCAUCAUUCAGAAACGGGAGCCGUGGGUGUGCGACGCCAACCCUGACGAGAUGGAGAUCGACUUUGAGAUUCUGAAACCGUCGACUUUGCGCGCACUGCAGCAAUACGUGCGUUGUUGUCUGUACAAGAAGUUCAAGAGAUUUCAGAAGAAGAGGUGUCAAGUCGGAGCUUUUCAAAUGGAAAGCAGCAGCAGCUCCUCAGAUUCCGACGUCAACAGUUCUUUGGAAUCCAGUUCAGAAAAUACUGACGUGUGAAAGCGACCCCCUCCCAUCCUUUGACGUCUCCAGAUUACAUACGGUACACUCCUAAGGCCAAGUCCUUACCUUUCAUUUUUUUUAUAUCGUGAAUCUUUUUUCUGAAAUAGAGCUUGCGUUUCCAAAACAGCCACACUUGUAUUCUCAAAGAAACCUAAAUGUAGGCUGACAAAGAAAACAACAGGCCACCUCAGCAGACCAAACUGCAAAGUCACUCGCUGCUCUGAAAUCUGAUGAUGACACUGAAUUCCUUUUUUAUUACGCUUCGAUAUUAUCGCAUUUCGAUGUUGCACUUCAUGCUUAACUUGUUUUCCCCAAAGCCUUAAGAUACCCAAAGUAUAAAAUACUGGGUCUGACUUGAAUGUGACGUCAAUUAUUCAUUUAGGCCAUAUGUGCUGUCCAUAGCUGACCCACCCGUUCAGUUAUCGACGUUAAGUAGAGUUGUUCAGCAAUGCCACACUACAUGUUACUUUUCACGACUUGUAUAUAACCUAUGUUUGGUUACCUGUGAUCUUGUUUACUCAUGCAAUAAUUUUAAUUUUUUAUUUUAUUAUUUUUCUAUUGGUCCGACUUGCCUGCAUUUGUUCAUAUGUGCCUUCUUCAGAUUACCGCAAAAAUUAAAGACAAUACUUAAAAA